GAUCUUCCUCCAACCACCUCCUCAAACCCAUCGGAGGGCCUCACCGGAGUAGGAGGAGCCGCGAGCAGAACGUCGAGCGAGGCGAGGCGAGGCGAAGCGGGAGAGGCGGCGAUGAUGUCUACUUCGCCCGAUGCUGCCGAUUCAGUCGACGCCCUUCGCUCCCAAAUCGAUUCUCUCCAGACGAGACUCCACGAGCUGGAGGUGCGGAAUGCGGAGCUUUGCUCUCGACUCUCCAGAUGCUGCUGUCAAAAGAUGGAAGACAAGAUUAGUUCUGUCGUAGAUGGAGGCGGUGUGGUCGAUGGGAAUGGCGAAUCAAUGAACUCGGGCAAGAAGACUAGGAAGAAAAAAGAUUUCAAAACAGGAAUUCUCGAACACCAUCCAAGGAGAUAUGUUGCUUUAAGAUUGAUGUAUUUUGGGCAAAGGUUUUAUGGUUUUGCUUCUGAAGCACAAUUGGAUCCAACUGUCGAGUCUGAAAUUUUUAAAGCUCUUGAGAAGACAAGGCUUUUAGUUGGUGACAAGAAAAAGUCACAGUACUCAAGAUGUGGCAGAACAGACAAAGGAGUUUCAUCUUUUGGGCAAGUCAUUUCCCUGUUUCUACGAUCAAACCUGCGACCUAAGAACACAGAUGACGCAAACAGUUGGGAACUUUCCAUAGAGGGAGAUGUCUUAGACGCGGAAAUUGAUUAUGUGAGAGUGUUGAAUCGAGUCUUACCCAAAGAUAUCCGAGUAACUGGCUGGUGUCCUGUUCCAAUUGAUUUUAGCGCAAGGUUUAGCUGUAUGAGCAGGGAGUACAAAUAUUUCUUUUGGAGAGAUAAUUUGGAUAUUAGGGCAAUGGAGAGUGCAGGCCAAAAGCUUGUUGGGAAUCAUGAUUUCAGAAAUUUUUGUAAGAUGGAUGCAUUUAAUGUCCACAACUACAAGCGUCAUAUAACAUCCUUUGAACUCUCUUCUUGUGAUAAGAGGUUGGAAAGUAAUGAACUUUGGUGUUUCAAAAUUAAGGGCAGUGCAUUUUUGUGGCACCAAGUUCGUUGCAUGGUCGCUGUCAUGUUUAUGGUUGGCCAAGGUCUUGAAUCUCCUAAUGUAAUAGAUGCCUUACUGGACACUGAUGGGACACCAAGAAAGCCGCAAUACACCAUGGCUCCAGAAAUGCCAUUAGUUCUUCAAACUUGUGAAUUUGAAGGUGUCAGGUUUAUUUGUUCCUCAGAUGCUCAGCAAGCAUUACAUCUGCACUUGGAGGAAGCCUAUCAAACAUAUGAACUCCAAGCUGCAAUGACUCAUGAGGCUCUUCUAAGUUGCUUGCCUCAGGAACAUGGUUUCUCAGAUCAGAGCUUAUUAGGUACCCACCGAAAAAAGAAGGCAGCCUCACAUAUUUCUCUCAUGUCACGGCCAAUUCCGGGAGGGAAAAAAAUGCUUCAUUGGGACUCUUGAACUAGGACAAACUAACAUCAUUGUGAACCUGCAUCCUAUGAAGAGCGGCGUGCAAAAUUGAACCUGAAAGUCAAAGCUUGCGAGCUUGCUGGCCAAUCCAUAUAGUCUGUCAAAUGGGGAUGCUUACUUUUGCUAUUUGUGUGGUUCGUAUAACAUUUUCGUGAUCUAAAUAUUGGUUCUGGUGAAACAGCCAUUUUUCACUUGAUUCUCCAUCUAUUCCUCCAGGCUGAUGUUAUGUUGUAAAAUGACUGGCGUUUGGUUAUUCUCUGUUAGUGUAUCAGUAACUCACCAUGGUAGAAAGGUGAAGGCUCGCAAAAGACCUGAUCUUGGAAUACCUUACAAGCAAGAGUACCUGGAUAUCUAUAUUUACCCAUUUGGUGAUCA